GAGCUUGUCUUCAACGUUCGGCUAAUCCUCGGUCCGUGCUCUAAGAUCUUAGAUCGAUUUCUAUAGUCUUCUUCUUCUUCUUCAGAUAUCUUGGUAGUUGAAUCUUCUGAAUCUUUGAUUUUCCAUAGCCAUGGCUAAUCGUUAUGAUCCAAAUCCUUUCGCUGAGGAAGAAGAAGUCAAUCCUUUCGCUAAUCCUAAAGGUGUUCCGCCUGCAUCAAAUUCGAGACUUUCUCCUUUGCCUCCGGACCCUGUUGGUUUCGAUUAUGGUCGUACCGUAGACAUUCCUCUUGGAAGACCUGGAACACAGGAUUUGAAGAUGAAAGAGAAGGAACUUCAAGCCAAAGAAGCUGAGCUAAGACGACGGGAGCAGGACCUCAAACGGAAAGAAGAUGCUGCUGCACGAGCGGGAAUUGUUAUCGAAGUGAAAAACUGGCCGCCUUUCUUCCCUCUUAUACACCAUGACAUUGCAAAUGAAAUUCCAGUUCAUCUCCAAAGACUACAAUAUGUUACUUUUGCAACGUUUUUGGGUUUGGUUCUUUGUCUUUUCUGGAAUAUCAUUGCCGUUUCUACAGCUUGGAUCAAAGGAGAAGGAGUGACGAUAUGGCUUCUUGCCGUAAUUUACUUCAUAGCGGGUGUCCCAGGAGCCUAUGUGUUAUGGUAUCGGCCACUCUACCGUGCCUUCAGAACUGAUAGUGCAUUAAGCUUUGGAUGGUUUUUCUUGUUCUAUAUGCUCCACAUUGCUUUCUGCGUCUUUGCUGCAGUUGCUCCACCUGUCGUCUUCAAAGGAAAAUCUCUUGCUGGGAUCUUACCUGCAAUAGAUGUCUUAAGCGGUCAAGCAAUUGUCGGGAUAUUCUACUUCAUUGGGUUUGGAUUUUUCUGCCUCGAAUCAGUGGUUAGCAUCUGGGUUAUUCAGCAAGUGUAUAUGUACUUCCGAGGCAGCGGAAAACAAGAUCAAAUGAGACGGGAAGCGGCAAGAGGAGCUUUGAGGGCCGCUGUUUGAGAGAGGUCUCCUUGUAAAAUUCUGGUUUGUGUACCUAAUCUUCCACUGUUACUUUCAUUUUUCAGAUUCUAUCUCUCUCCCUCUCUAUGCUGUAAGCCAAAAAAGAUUCAAUUUUUCUUUGUACCUUUAUCUCAUGUAAAUUUGUUUGUUCAAAAGUGAGAGUUCAGAUUCAUAUAUUUUUGGAUUAGUCUUUUGUGUUUGCGUUUGUGUUCCUAUAUAUAUUCUAGUGGCUACUUAUCAGUUCCA